AUGUUACUAAACGGUUCACCUACUUUUUGUCCUGUGAAAGGAAGGAACAUCACAGAAAAAACUUGGAAAGCUCUUCAUCCGAUGACGAUGGCAGUAGCAGCAGCGAUUUCGUCUGACGAAGAUUCUGGUAAUCUAGUCAACAUUUCCAAUACGGCUGUAAACAAUUAGCAAUCGGUCGAGAUCGAAGGUGCAUCCGUUACAGCAGCGGACGCUUUGAAUGAUGCAAAUUCACUUCGUCUUGGAAUGGGGGAUUUUGUGUUCUACAGUGUUCUCGUUGGUCAAGCUGCAACUACAGGAAAUAUCGGUGCAACCAUUGCAGCAGCUCUGGGUGUUGUCUAUGGUCUACUCAUUACGCUCACUUACUUCAGCAAUGGUGACGAAACCACCCCGGCUCUUCCGAUCUCAAUUGUGCUCGGUACCAUUUUCCAUUUCUUAUUUCUAUUUCUAGAACCAUAUGCUUUGUACUACACUGAAUGGAUGUUUCAUUACUUUUUGGGAUAG